ACCCAAUGAACACUUCGCAACACGAUCACAAUAACAUCAGAAUAAUAUCAAGUUUCUGCUUGUCAGUGGUUUUCUGCAGAGGUUAUUAAUCGUAAACAAUCAUAAACAAAUAAUCUGCACGUCAACACGCAAAAAAAAACACAACAUGGAGAAGUAUUGCAGAAAUCAGCCGGGUCAGCUGGGUUUCCUCCUGCUGAACGAGGAUGGCGCCGUGAUAAGCUCCGAUGGCGACUUACAAAACGACGAAAAGACGGCUGAUAUUAUAAUGUCACUGCUCACACUCUGCCAGCACAGUGAUAUCUUCCCCGGGAGCAGCGACGAGCAGUUCAAGAGGCUAAGUCUCACCUAUGACAACCACGCUUAUAUUAUUGCCAUGUCCAACCGAAAAAUUUACAUUGUCAAGCUGCAAUUCGGCGUGAAAUCUGCAGAGGACAUAGUAUCAGGAGAAAUUCCAGGCGGAUCACAUUUCCCCUCGCAUGAUGACGACUCUUUGUAAUAUACAAUUAUAAAAUAUAUAAAUCUCUUGUAAUAUAUUAAAACUACUCAUGUCUACGUUGUCAAUUUGGUCCUGCUGGCGUGAAAUGCGAAGAAACAGGCGCUGGGAUAAUCUAUAAAUCACUUUAUUACCAUUCAUGUCCAUGUGUUGCCUUGCAUUUCAAUAUGGUAAGCACCAAAAUUGACCACAUUGUUGCUAUACACGUAAUAUAUAUAUACAGACAC